GUGUGUAGUCACACCCAGUACACACACACACACACACUCGUGUCUCCAUCUGCGCUGCGCCAGAGGCGCGUUCACUGCAGCUCUGUGUAGCGCGCACGCAAGAGAGACGCGCUGCUGCGGCUCGGAACAUCUUCACCGGCGUGAUUCAUGAUCAAGUGUUCAGGAGAAGCACUGUCGUCAUGGCCUCGAUCUCGAAGUGGUACGCAGGGAAGAACGUGCUGAUCACCGGAGCCACGGGCUUCAUGGGGAAGGUGCUGAUGGAGAAGCUGCUGCGCUCCUGUCCGGACGUCAAGGCCCUCUACAUCCUCGUCCGGCCCAAAGCGGGUCAGUCCAUGUCCGAGCGCGUCCGGGACAUGAUGAAGUGUAAGCUGUUCGACCGCGUGCGUGAAGAUAAUCCAGACUUUCAUCUGAAGAUCAUCCCCAUCAGCAGCGAGCUCACGCAGCCUGUCCUGGCCAUCAGUCCAGAGGAUGUACAAACACUCACUUCCUGUAUCAACAUCGUCUUCCACUGCGCCGCCACCAUCCGCUUUGACGAGCCCCUGAAGCAUGCGCUGCAGCUGAACGUCAUGGCCACGCAGCAGCUCCUCUCUCUGGCGCAGCAGAUGCAGCACCUGCAGGCCUUCAUCCACAUCUCCACCGCCUACGCCAACUGCAACCGCAGACACAUCGACGAGGUCAUCUACCCUCUUCCAGUCGAGCCCAAGAAACUCAUCGACUCUCUGGAGUGGAUGGAUGACAGUAUGGUCCGUGACAUCACGCCGCAUCUGAUUGGUGACCGGCCGAACACUUACACCUACACCAAAGCGCUGGCCGAGUGUGUGGUGCAGCAGGAGAGCGGCAGACUCAACAUCGCCAUCAUACGGCCGUCCAUCGUGGGAGCCAGCUGGCAGGAGCCGUUCCCCGGUUGGAUAGACAACUUUAAUGGACCGAGUGGUGUUUUCAUUGCUGCUGGGAAGGGCAUCUUGCGCACCAUGAGAGCCAGUAAUGACGCGGUGGCCGAUCUGAUUCCUGUAGACGUGGUGAUAAACCUGACGCUGGCUGCCGGGUGGUACACCGCGGUGCACAGACCGAAAAGUGCACUCGUGUACAACUGCACAACCGGAGGCAUUAACCCUUUCCACUGGGGAGAGAUCGAGCAUCACGUGAUGUCCACGUUUAAGAGGAAUCCUCUGGAGCAGGCUUUCCGUCGGCCAAACGCCAACAUCACCUCCAAUUACCUGAUCUACCAGUACUGGAUCCUCGUCAGUCACAAGUUCCCCGCGCUCAUCUAUGACCUGUUCCUCCGACUGUCUGGACAGAAACCUCAAAUGAUGCGUAUUUUCAACCGUCUGCACAAAGCCAUCGGUCUGCUGGAGUACUUCAGCAGUCAGGACUGGGAGUGGAACUCAGAGAACAUGAACAUGCUGAUGAACCAGCUGAGCGCCGAGGACAGGAGGACCUUCAACUUUGACGUUCGCCAGCUGAACUGGCCCGAGUACAUCGAGAACUACUGUAUCGGCACCAAGAAGUACGUUCUGAACGAGGACAUGUCUGACAUCCCGGCCGCCAGACAGCACCUGAGGAAGCUGAGAAACAUCCGAUACACAUUCAACACGGUGCUGCUGGUCUUCAUCUGGCGUGUCUUCAUCGCUCGCUCUCAGAUGGCCAGGAACAUCUGGUACUUCGUCGUGAGCUUGUGCUACAAGUUCCUGUCCUACUUCAGGGCUUCCAGCACUCUGACCCAAUGACCGUAAGCAACAGGAAGUGUGUGUCCCCGUCCUCCGAGCACUUCCUCCUCCAGAGGUGUCUUCAGCCAUCCACACACACAGGUGUUUCUUUAGCUUUCCUCACCGGCCGCUCGCUCCACCUGACUCCUCCAUGUGCAGUUUUUAAAGGUGUCCUCUUUUAUAACGACUGUCCUUAAUAACGAUUAUAUAUGCAACCACACUUUUUUCACUUUUAGUGUUUCUCCUUUACAUUCUCAUCACCAUCAAACAUCAAACAUGGAGAUGUUGCCUUUGUGUCUUCUGAUGAUUUUAGCCUUCUCUUCUAAAGAAAGUGUUUAGGAGCAUCAGAUCUACCGCUCAAAGCUUUGCUGUUUGUGUCUUUUAACGGUUCGUUUGUGUCCUGUCUGUUCUAAUACCACGUAAUCCAGCCGGCAAAAUCUCAUACCGUGUGGUACUAAAAGCCUUCAAGAACAUAGUCUUGCAUUUUCACUGCAUUUUCGGUUGGUGUUUUGUCUUUUUUCUUGUUUUGUUUUUUCAUUUGCUGCGUUCGGAGGGAAAGGCCAGUGAACUGCAACAGAUCGGAUGCAUUUAUAACAUCAGACAUUGUUUUUCCAUAAGAAUACAUCCACACGUUUAAACAUGAACACCCAAAAUAUAGAGAAAAAAGUAUAUAAAAAAAAAACUGCAGCCUAUUUCUAAGGAAUUUAAAAAUAAUUACUAAAAGUUUUUAGUUUAACUUGACAAUGACAAUUAAGCACGUUCCCCAAAAUUUAAUGCAUUUUUAAUGAAUCUCGAAUUAUGCUUAAUGGCAAUUCUCAUGACUGUAAUACAGUAUUUUUAGUGUUGCUGUAGAAAUAACUACUGUUAUAUUACAUUUUAAAUAUUAAAUAAAUUUGAUCAAAUAAUUGUUAUAUGUAAUAUAUAUAUAUAUAU